AUGGCCUCCUUCCUUCUGCUGCUGCUGCUGCUGCUGGCAGCUGGAGGGACCGUCGCUGGCAUAGAGGUGAUCAACUACACCCCCCAUGUCUCCGACCAGCAAUUGGAAGGGAAACUCACACAAAGCACCUUCGCCCUGGCACUACCCCGCUGCGUUUUUGACCGAUUUGCCAAUGGCUCAGACAGUAUCUGGUUGGCGGUUACGUACGCAAACGCCACAGCCAGCUUCAAGAACCCCAAAACCCCUCAAGAGAUCCCGCCAUACGAAGCUCUGUUCACUACUCACAGCUACAUGACCAUGAAGUCCACCGUCUCCCAGUACCCCUGCAAAGGCGGUAAUCCCAAUACCGUCCUCCGCGUAGGAGGCGAAUCGUCUUGCAAGAACGACGACACCCAGACCAGCUGCAAUGGGCCGCUGCCUUCUCCUGCCUCUUUCAGAGUGAAAUUCCUCGUCAUGGAUUCCAAAGGACCCAAAGCUGAAACAAGGUGGUCUGCUCAAAUUACGUUGAAAAAAGCUGAAGCGUGGAAGACAGUGGAUACCUGGCCUGGACGUCGCAGUGGGGACAUGAUCGUCAUCACCGUGAUUCUCUCUGCCCUUUGUGGGGUUGUCACCAUCGGCUUCCUCAGCACCGUCAGCUAUGAAUGCUUCAAGCUUUGCCGCCCAGGCCCACCAGAAAACCAAGAGGAGCCACCGCGCCAAGACCCCUUCCAAGGCAGCCGCUAUGAUACGCACCACAUCCCUCCUGCCCCCCCUGCGCCUCCCCCUCCCCCUCCCAUGGACAUGCCAAGUCCCCACCACAUCAGCACUGCUUCCUAGAGGCCCCCCCCCCCCCGUUG